UCUUUAGUACAUUCUUUCUUGUGACAAGCUUUAUUUAACUUUGACGAGCAUUCAAAGAAAGUUGUUUAUUCUUGGAAUCUUUUUAACGAGCAAAGUAAAGAAAGAAGCACAUUUCGAAAGGAGUCUUCGAAGGUCGACUUAUUUUCUCAUAAGGUUACAUGUUCGUCAAUAGUACGUCAGCCAGUAGAUAUAGUCUAUCUUUCAAUGAUAACCCUCGUGACAUUCUUAUUGCUGAUCUGUUUGACUAGUUUAGUACGUGCAGCGAAUGCGGUAUCAUCGUACGUGCAUUUUAAGUGAAAUACUGAUGCAUUGAACAAAAACCGAAAGUAUAACGCGAAUUAAAGAAAUACAGCAGUACAGCAGAUUUCAAAAUGGAAAAAGAUUUGGUCAAGAAACCGCUUGUGUACAAUGGAAACAUAAAUCAUAAUGAAUUUCAUGAAGAUAAUUCGUCAAACAACAAUGAACAACAAGAAGGACCAGUAUCAAACGUACUUGUCUUUUAUGUAAAUGGAAAAGAGAUAUCAGAUAAAGAUAUAGAUCCACAAUGGACAGUUUUAUGGUAUCUUCGCAACAAACUUGGAUUGACCGGUACAAAACUUGGUUGCGCAGAAGGAGGAUGUGGUGCCUGUACAGUUAUGAUAUCAAAAUUUAAUCGUGCUACUAGAAAAAUUACUCAUUUGGCUGUUAAUGCAUGUUUAACACCAAUAUGCGCUGUACAUGGCCUAGCUAUAACCACUGUAGAGGGUAUCGGUAGUACAAGAACCAAGUUGCAUCCGGUACAAGAACGUAUCGCCAUGGCACAUGGCUCGCAAUGUGGAUUUUGUACACCUGGUAUAGUCAUGUCUAUGUAUGCUUUAUUGCGCAACAUCCCAAAACCAACUAUGGAGCAUUUAGAAGUUGCAUUUCAAGGUAAUUUAUGCAGAUGUACAGGAUACAGACCGAUUAUUGAAUCUAAACUGGAUGAACAAUAUUUGAUAAUAAAAGGAAAAAAUAUUACUUGGUACAGACCAACAAAUUUGAAGACAUUACUUGCACUCAAGGAACAAUACCCAAAUGCUAAAAUUGUCGUUGGUAAUACGGAAAUCGGGGUUGAAACGAAAUUUAAAAAUUUAAUAUAUCCGACACUCAUACAACCAACACAGAUAAAAGAAAUGUAUAGAAUUAUUGAAACACAAGACGCAUUAAGAGUGGGUGCGAGUGUAACUUUAGUUGAGCUUGAAGAUAUACUAAGACAUUAUGUUAAAACGAAACCUGAAUAUAAGACAAGAAUUUUCACGGAAAUAAUAGAUAUGUUACAUUGGUUUGCUGGAAAACAAGUAAGAAAUGUUGCUGCUGUGGGUGGCAACAUAAUGACUGGUAGUCCAAUAUCAGAUUUAAAUCCAAUCUUUAUGGCUGCUAGCAUUAAAUUAAAUUUAUGCAGUUUAAAAUAUGGAAGUCGAACUAUAUCAAUGGAUCAUACCUUUUUUAUCGGAUAUCGAAGAAAUGUAAUUAAACCUGAAGAAGUAUUAAUCUCCAUUGAUAUUCCCUUUACAAAAGAGAAUCAAUAUUUUAUUGCUUAUAAACAAGCAAAAAGACGAGAUGAUGAUAUAGCCAUAGUCAACAUGGCUUUAAAUGUAUAUUUCAUUCCUACUACAGGUAUAGUUCAGGAUGUGUAUAUUGCAUUUGGUGGAAUGGCACCUACUACUAUUUUAGCAAGACAAACUUGUCAGAAAAUAAUUGGAAGAAAAUGGAACACAUUAAUUUUAGAAGAGGUUUACGAUUCCUUACUCGAAGAACUACCAUUAGCAGAUAAUGCACCAGGAGGAAUGAUUAAAUAUCGCCGAUCUCUCACUCUCAGUUUAUUCUUUAAAGGAUUUGUGCAUAUCUCUAAGAAAUUAUCAAAAAGUAUUUCGGACGUAGAGUACAUAUCAAAAGAAUUACAAAGCGUUUCGGAUUGUUUCCAUUAUAAAAUACCAAAAAGUUCACAGUAUUUCCAAGUGAUACCUAAAGAUCAAAAGUCAUAUGAUUUAAUAGGACGUCCUUUUGUACAUACUAGUGCGUUGAAACAAGCAACAGGAGAAGCGAUAUAUUGCGAUGAUAUGCCCAAAUUUGAAAAAGAAUUAUACUUAGCAUUAGUUCUUUCUACUAGAGCGCAUGCAAAAAUUUUAAAAAUUGACCCAUCUAAAGCACUAUCUAUGGAAGGAGUCAUAUCAUUUUUCUCUUCGAAAGAUAUAGCCGAUAGAAAAUUAGUAGGUCCUGUGUUUCAUGAUGAAGAAGUAUUUGUAUCUGAAAAGGUUACCAGCCAAGGUCAAGCAAUUGGUGCAAUUGUUGCUACUGAUCAAUUUAUUGCUCAAGCUGCAGCAAAAAUGAUUAAAGUAGAAUACGAAGAUUUAAAACCUGUAAUCAUAUCUAUCGAGGAUGCUAUCAAACAUAAAUCAUUUUUCCCUGACUGCCCUAAGCGUAUUAUUAAAGGUGAUGUGGAUAAAACUUUUGCGGAAGUAGACCAUAUUUUAGAAGGAGAAGUACAUAUAGGAGGCCAAGAACACUUUUAUUUGGAAACAAAUGCUACUAUUGUUGUGCCUCGUGAAGAAAAUGAAUUGGAAGUGUUCUGUUCUACGCAGCAUCCUACCGAAAUACAGAAACUGAUCGCUCAUGUCUUAAAUAUACAUAUUAAUAGAGUUAAUGUUCGUGUAAAACGCAUAGGAGGUGGAUUUGGUGGGAAGGAAUCCCGUGCAGCGUUGCUUGCAAUACCAGUAGCACUCGCAGCUCACAAAUUGCAGAAACCAGUUCGUUGCAUGCUAGAUAGAGACGAAGACAUGAUAAUAAGUGGAACACGACACCCAUUUUUAUUCAAAUACAAAGUUGGAUUUAAUAAUGACGGCCUUAUUAAAGUAGCAAAAGUACAUAUGUAUAGUAAUGCAGGUUACUCCCAUGAUUUAUCGAUAUCGGUAUUAGAACGUGCUAUGUUUCAUUUUGAAAAUUCAUAUAAAAUUCCAGUAGUAGAAGUAUUUGGAUUUAUAUGUAAAACAAAUUUACCAUCAAAUACUGCUUUCCGAGGUUUUGGUGGACCACAAGGAAUGUUUGUAGCUGAAAAUAUUGUUCGUCAAAUUGCUGAUUAUUUAAGUAUGGAUGUUGUUAAGAUAUGCGAAUUAAAUUUAUAUAAAGAAGGAGAUUUAACACAUUACAAUCAACAACUUGUCAAUUGUACUCUUGAUCGCUGUUGGCGUGAAUGUUUAGCAUCUUCUUGUUAUAAUGAAAGAAUAAUUGAGAUUCAACAUUAUAAUAGAGAGAAUCGAUUUAAGAAGAAAGGAAUCGCAAUUGUACCUACAAAGUUUGGCAUAGCGUUUACUGCAUUGUUCUUGAAUCAAGCAGGGGCACUGGUACAUAUUUAUAUAGAUGGCUCGGUGCUAAUCAGUCAUAGUGGCGUUGAAAUGGGACAAGGUCUACAUACAAAAAUGAUUCAAGUCGCUAGCAAAAUAUUGAAUGUACAUCCAACGAAGAUACAUGUUGUUGAAACAGCUACCGAUAAAGUCCCCAAUACAUCUGCUACUGCUGCGAGUUGCGGCUCUGAUCUCAAUGGAAUGGCUAUUAUGGAAGCAUGCAAAAAAAUCAUGAAACGAUUACAACCGAUAAUAGAUAGUGAGCCGAAAGGUACUUGGGAAAGUUGGAUAAAAACAGCAUAUUAUCAAAGAAUAAGUUUAUCUGCUACCGGUUUCUAUCAGACACCCGACAUCGGAUAUUCUUUUGAAACUAACACGGGAAAUCCUUUUAAUUAUUUUACGUAUGGCGUUGCCUGUACGGAAGUGGAAUGUGAUUGCCUCACGGGUGAUCAUGAGGUUUUGCGAACGGAUAUUGUCAUGGAUUUGGGAGAGAGUUUAAAUCCAGCCAUUGACAUAGGGCAAAUUGAAGGUGCUUUUGUUCAAGGAUAUGGUUUAUUUAUGAUAGAAGAAAUGAUUUAUUCAUCAACGGGGACUUUAUUGAGUAGAGGGCCUGGCACUUACAAAUUACCAGGUUUUUCUAAUAUACCUCAAGAAUUUAAUGUUUCUCUAUUAAAAGGAGCUACCAAUCCAAGAGCAAUAUAUUCCUCUAAGGCUAUUGGCGAACCACCACUGUUCCUGGCAUCAUCUGCAUUCUUUGCUAUCAAGGAAGCAAUUAAAGCUGCACGUAAAGAUAUGAAUAUUCAUGGCUAUUUUCGUCUUGACGCUCCUGCAACUUCUGCACGUAUACGUAAUGCCUGCGUAGAUAAUUUAACAAUAAAGAUUACAGAGCCUGAUUUAAAACAACAAUGGAAUAUAGUGCCGUGAACAAGAGGUAGAACAAACUUCAAGAUUACAAUUACGACUUUUUAAACAUUUUUGGGAUGAAUUCAUUAUGCGGAAAUAUAUUAUUAUAAAUAUAAUAUAAAUAUAAUAUAAAUAUUGAUAUAUACUAUUCAAAUAAAAUUUAUAAAAUAUGAUAAAAUGAUAUAUCUGUUAUUAUUAGUAUAAAUUCAAAUCUUGUGAAUUAUUAUAUUGUAAAUAUUUU